AUGACUCUUACUCCCAGUGUAGUGACGAAGAAUUACCAGCACAUCCUGGCCUUGGCCUUCGCAGUAAAGGAAAUCAAUGAAAACCCCGAGCUCUUGCCCAAUGUCACCUUGGGCUUCCACAUCUAUGACAGCUAUUUCAUUGCAAGGGGGACUUAUCAUGGCACAAUGCUACUUUCAUCCACACCGGAGAGAUUUGUUCCCAACUAUAAAUGUGACCUCCAGAAUAAUCUCAUAGCAGUGAUUGGGGGACUUGACCCCCUAACCUCUCUUCAUAUGGCAACAGUCUUGGAUAUCUAUAAAAUUCCACAGCACUGCGAUCGCAAUCUAGAAAAUAUGAAGGGUCAUGAGGAGUUUGGGAACACAGAUAAUCUAUACAGGUGGACAUGGAUUGGGCUCCUUACUAUGGAUCUUGAGAAUGGAGAAAGAUUUGUGCAAAUGGUGGUUCCAAUGUUUUCCUCUAGUGGUAUCUGCUUUGCCUUUAUAGAAAGAGUUCCUAAAUUAACUCUUGACACAGAACUUAAAGACGUGCUACAACAGUGUGCAAAAAUACAUGAUAAAGUCAUGGGUAGCACAGCCAACGUAUUAGUGGCCUAUGGAGAAUCUUAUUCAAUGGUAUUUGUGAGAUGGUUUCCAUAUUUAUCAGAACAAGAAUAUAUGGCAAUUAACCCAAAAGGUUUAGUGUGGAUAAUGACAGCCCAGAUGGAGCUGACAUCUAUGGUUUAUCAAAGAACUUGGGAUACACAAAUAAUCCAUGGGGCUCUGUCUUUUGCUAUUCCUUCCAAUAAGGUACCUGGAUUUCACCAGUUUCUUGAACAUAUAAACCCUUCCACCACAAAAGGUGAUUAUUUUAUCAGGGACUUCUGGCAACAGGCCUUUGCCUGUGUAUUCCCAAGUACAGUAGCAGGUGAGGUGGAUGGGGAUGUUUGCACUGGAGAGGAGAAGCUGGCAGUUCUUCCUGAACCUUUUUUUGAAAUGAGCAUGACAGGCCACAGCUACAGUAUCUACAAUGCUGUUUAUGCUGUGGCCCAUGCUGUACAUUCCAUGUUCUCAUCUAGAGGCAGACACCAACGUAUGGUGGACCAAAGUCUUCAUCACAUUUUGAGAGGCAUCUCAUUUAAUAACAGUGCUGGAGAUAAGAUUUCAUUUAACGUGAAAGGGGAGAUAGAUUCUGGGUAUGAUGUUAUUAAUUGGAUUGUUUCAUCAAACCAAUCAUUUCAUAAAGUGAAAGUUGGAAGGAUGGAUCCCCAGCAUCCUUCAGAACAAAUGUUCACCAUCAAUGAGGACGCUUUAACGUGGCACAGCUGGUUUAACCAGACAAGGCCUCUUUCUGUAUGCAGUGAGAGUUGUCGUCCUGGUUCUAGCAAAAAAGUGAAGGAGGGGAAGCCAUUUUGCUGCUAUGAUUGCAUCCCAUGUCCAGAAGGGAAGAUUUCAGACCAGAAAGAUGUGAAUGACUGUUACAUAUGUUUGGACCAAACGUAUCCAAACAAAAAACGGGAUUUCUGUAUUCUCAAGGAUGUAAGCUUCCUAUCUUAUGAAGAACCUUUGGGGAUCAGUUUAGCCUUCUUUGCUCUUUCCUUUUCUGUGGUCACUGCAUUGGUGCUAGGAACAUUUCUGAAGCACCAUGACACUCCCAUAGUCAUAGCCAACAACCGGGGCCUCACCUACACUCUCCUCAUUUCUCUCCUGCUCUGCUUCCUUUGUGCAUUGCUGUUCAUUGACCGUCCUAAGAAGGUGACUUGUCUCCUCCGACAAGCUGUCUUUGCAAUUAUCUUCUCAGUGGCUGUUUCUUGCGUAUUGGCAAAAACCAUGACUGUGGUUCUCGCUUUCAUGGCCACCAAACCAGGAUCCAAGAUAAGAAAGUGGCUGGGUAAGAGACUGUCUAGCUCCAUUGUUCUUUGCUGCUCCCUUAUCCAAGCAGGAACUUGUGCUACAUGGCUGGCAACCUCUCCCCCAUUCCCAGAUACUGACAUGCAUUCAGUGACUGAAGAAAUUUUACUGGAGUGUAAUGAAGGAUCUGUGACUAUGCUUUACAUUGCCCUGGGCUAUCUGGGCUUCCUGGCAAUUAUCAGUUUCACUGUGGCUUUCUUUGCCAGGAGGUUACCCGACAGUUUCAAUGAAGCCAAGUUCAUCACUUUCAGCAUGUUGGUCUUCUGUAGCGUAUGGCUUUCCUUUGUUCCGACCUACCUGAGCACCAAAGGAAAAUACAUGGUGGCUGUGGAAAUUUUUUCAAUGUUAGCUUCCAGUGGUGGGUUGUUGGGUUGUAUCUUUUCUCCAAAGUGUUACAUUAUUUUGUUGAGGCCUGAGCUGAACAACAGGGAACAGCUAAUGAGAAAAAAUGAAAGAACCAAAUGA